CAGUCUUAAAAAUUCCUUCGAAUAAUAUUAACUGCAAAAAUGAAAACUCUUAUUGUAGUAGUGGCAAUUUGCCUUUCAGCAAUGGUUAAUGCCAGCCCGGUGAACUAUGAAGGAAUCGUAGAUGAUAUAAUUAAAGAAGCUCAGGAAAUAACCGUAAAUACGGCUAACGCAUUGCAAACUCAGUACAAGGUAAUAGUUGUAGAACCGCUCCAUCAAGUUGAUACCGCUGCACAGAACAUUGAGAAUCGUCGGGAAGAGGACGUUAGCUGUGUAGAAGCUAAGGAUCCAGAAGUUGAAGAGAUUGUGAAUACUUUGCAUGAUGAAAUGAUUGUAUGCGGCUCUAUUGCCGCGCAGACAUCAGUAGAAAUUAUGAACGAUGUUAAUUCAGCAACUCAGCAGUUGGUGUUUGAUGGUUAUGAUGUCUUGAAACUCUAUAAAAAAUGCAAAAAUUAUAAAAACAGUGUUUUAAGGAGCUCCUGCUACGCCAAAUUGUCAAUAAAAGCCACUUUAUACAUCAGAAAUUCUAGACGAUCUAUUAAGACUAUCAAAGAAGCUAACAAACGAGUCCCGGACGUAUUUGUCGACGCGGAUGCUUGCACCCAUAAAUCAGCUGAUAAAGCAAUCGUUGAGCUCAACGUCGUGCAAAGUGAAGUGGACGCCUGUAUAAAAGCGAAUAUUUAAAUACAAAUGUACAUAUGUAUGACACUUAAGCAUAACAUUAAAUAUUUGAAGACA